UCGCUACAGCUGAUGUCCCCGUGUUAUGCGUGCAGUAGGUAAAACAGAAGACUCACAGCGCCCACUGAAUGGAUGUCUCCUCGAGUAUCAGCUGUACCACUCGUCUCCACCCGCAGGUUGUCACUGAAAGCUCCGUAUCUUCAGUUGUUUUUUCCCCGCGACGCACCAUGCGAGGGGAGUCGCAACCUGUGCCAUGCUGAACAACUCCUUAAAUGUUCUGCUAGCUCUGAGCAGUGUGGCCUUAUUACUAAAGCUAUCCGACGGCUGGAGUGACGAGGACCUUCUGCUUUCUCCAAUCAACUCCACUAAUAGAUUUUUGGCGAACUUGGAGGUGGACGUGCGUUAUGCCAAAAGAUCGGUGGAGGAGACAGAGGCAUCAUCGGAGACUUCGCCCCAGCCGCUGCCCCAGUGUAACGUCAGCGUUCAGAGGCUUUUCCCCACCUCACUUGUGGCGCGGUGGGGUAGCAACUUUGGAUUUCAGUGCGAUGUGUUUAUUUACACCACCAACAACCACGGCAGAUCAUUUUUCUCUGCUGCUUUCAACCGCGCCAUCUCACCUGUUGUUAUCGAGCACUUAGGAGUUACCGGUGGACAACAAGAAUUCAGACUCUGCGUCGGGUGCGGGAUGGCGAGAUAUAGGAGGUUUGGGCAAACAAACUGGCGAGGGCAACAAUCAGGGGAUCCCAUAAACUUUUGUUGUGUAGACUUUGGCCUUGAUGAACUGAAGGGGGACAAGAGUUGGAGGUUAAACCGCAAACCCAUCGAAUCAACCCUAGUUGCUUGCUUCAUGACAUUAGUUAUCAUUGUGUGGAGCGUUGCUGCUCUCAUAUGGCCAGUGCCUAUUAUUGCAGGGUUCUUACCCAAUGGAAUGGAGCAGAGGCGAUCAAGAUAGGGAAAGGCACUGAUAUGACCCUGGAGUCGAAAACAGUGACCUAACAGUGAAAUAUUGUAGUUUACAACCAUUUGGUAUACUUGUCAAAGAGUGUUGCAUACUGUGUUUCCAAUUCAGUGAGUUGUUUCUGUUUGCAGUUCAAUAGUCAACCUAUUUUGAUCUAUUCUGAAUUUAUUUAUUUUUCCAGUCAAACUUUCUUAGAAAUAUUAGACCCAAUGUCGUUUGUAAGGUUUUUAUAUCUUUGUAGAAUCUUGCUUAAUUUCUAGUGUUUACAAAAGUAUAUUGUCUUAGGUAGUCUACUUUUGGCCUGCAUGUGGGUUCUUAUGACUUAGCCUAACUAUUUUCUUCCUUCAUGUUUUCUAUGUUAGAUAGCCAUGAAUACAAAAUCUUUACCCUGAUGUUUUACACGUUUUGAUUAGAUGACAGAAAAUGAGAUUUUAUGUAAAGCGAGGUACUAUCCAUAUUUGUAAUUAUUUGUAUACACUUGACAUAAAAAAAGAAUAAUGAAGAAACAUUCAAAAUUGUUAGUCUCUGGCAUAGACAAACGUAAUAAUAAAAUUGAUCAGAAUACUUUUAUUAGGCUAUUUUAUUUUCAUGAAUUCAUCCUUUCCUAAUGUUAAGAAUUUACUAUAUACCUAUAGGCCUAUACAUAGCUGUUUGCAGUUGAGUUUGUUCAACAGUUUCCUUAAGUACACGAGACCCAUUCUGGCCACAGCUUCAGUUUCCCAUAGUAGCCUAUAGCGGAUGAAUAACCAGCACUCUAUUUCCUUUUCUGCUGUUACUGAGAUUUGGUUGUCCUUGGGCCAACAAGUAGUCUGCUGGUUCCAUAUUGGUGGGUGAAUUUGUGCUUAUCUUUAUCCCUGUUUAAUGUUUUCAUUUGAUAUGCUACACCUCUGAGACUGGUUGAUUGUUAGAACUUACCACCUAAUAAAUUACUCCACCUCAUGAAAUUA